UUGGGGUUGAUCUUGUCUGUCUGUGAUGAUGCCGCCAGAGUCCGGGCAGUCUCUGAACCUUGGCUUCGCUCUGAAGGGCAGAGAGAGAAAGGUCUCUGAGGAACGUGGGCACCCUGUAACGCGCGCGCGCCAUGGUCGGGUGUUGCUCACGCGGCGCGCCGCGGCGCGUGUCGUGCUCUCUUCGCUCGAUUUGGCACUCGCAGCUCAGGGGCCAAGGGCGACCGGUGCCUGUCUCUCGACCCUCACACCCUCUCCCGUCGCCGCCCUGCUCCCGCCGCUUGCGCCUUACUUUCCUCGUGCGCUGGCCGCCGUUGAUCCGCUCGUCACGCUCCUCUCUGCUCUUGCGACCUUCGCCGCAGCUGCGUGCGCCGCGCACCCCGAGCGCGCGCGCGCCGCGCUGUCCACCGUCGCACUGCGCCGGGCUGCAGGCGUUUGGGCCUCCCACAGACAAGGCUCCGGCUCGCGGGCCAGGCCGCACGCGUACGCCGACGUACGCGCAUUUGUCGGCGUGGAUCUCAGUGCGCAGUACAGCAUCAACUUGCAAGGAUCGUGGCGCGCCCUCGACGUCGGCCAAAGAGGCCUCGCAGUCAGAGUCAAAUACGGCUCGUCCAAAAGGGCGCUGCGCUUCAACUGUCCGCCCGGUCCACGCAUGCGCGACGGCGCCGAAUGGUGCCAGAGGGUGCGUCUGCGUGUCCACGAAGCUCAGAGGCCGAAAGGCUGCAUCGCCAGAUGCGUGCUCACUGCUGCGCCGAAGGUCAAUCUGAAGAAUGCCGAGGCUUUCAAAGAUGCAAUGCGACGUAGCGACAAGCCGACGCUCAAGGUGCAGGUCGCGGCGCUGGACGACCAAGACCACUGCAGCAUUGAGCUGGUGAGCUUG